UGAACCUUCCUCUCUCAGUUGCUUCCUAGCAUCAUCUACUAAAACUGCAACCUACCACUGAUAUAUAUAAUAAUAAGCCUUCACAACUUCACUGACGACACCGUAAAGCAUGAGGUUCAACAGUAUCACCUCCGUAACAACACUCUUCCUCUUUCUCAGCCUCUUUACACACCUCCAAGCGUACAUUCCAGUGGACAACUUUACCAUCAGCUGCGGCACUACCGGAAAAUCUUACGACGGGGAAAGGACAUGGACGGGGGACACAGGUUCAACGUUCUUAUCUCAUCAAGACGGCACCGUUUCCGCUAAUGCAACAACACAAUCUCCUUCUACCAAUCAAGUGCCCUACACCGCCGCACGCUUGUCCCGUUCCCGUUUCAGCUACUCCUUCCCAGUCUCCCCUGGCCCCAAAUUCCUCCGCCUCUUCUUCUACCCUGCUGAGUACGCUUCCUUUCCUCGCUCCAAUGCAUCCUUCACCGUUCAAUCCAACCAAUUCACCCUUCUCCACGUUUUCAAUGCCUCUCUAAAAGCGGAAAACACGAAAACCGUCUUCAGAGAAUAUGUCGUCAAUGUGGACGGCGACAGUGAGAGGUUGAACCUCACCUUCACUCCGUCACAACCAAACUCCUACGCUUUCAUCAACGGAAUCGAGGUACUCUCCAUGCCAAGCAAUCUGUAUUACACCUCAGCAAAUGACAACGGUUUGAAGCUCGUGGGAACUGACACACUGUUCCCCAUAAGAACCAACACUGCACUGGAGACAGAGUAUAGAAUCAAAGUGGGAGGGCAAGGAAUCUCGCCACGAAACGACACUGGUUUGUUCAGGAACUGGGCUGGUCACGAUGAAGAUUAUUUAAUUAAACAAAAAAAUCCACAGAAUAGUGCUAUAACAGGAAACACCAAUGGUAAGAUGAACAUAACGGUAAAUCCAGAUUAUGUGGCACCCAAGGAACUGUACAGAACAGCUCGUGUCAUGGGCACAAACACGUCUAUGAACAAAAGCCUCAAGUUGACUUGGGAGUUCCCUGUUGACUCUGGCUUCCACUACAUGAUCAGGUUCCACUUUUGCCAACUUGACCCCAAUAUUACUAACAUCGGUGACAGGGUGUUCUCACUUUACAUAGGGAGCGAGUUUCUUGAUGUUAUGAGAUGGAGCCAGAAACAGAAAGGUGUCGCUGUGUACAAAGACUACGCCAUUUUAAUCCCCAAGAGUGAUACUCAGAAACAGGUUAAUCUCUCGCUCCAAAUGAUGAAUCCUUAUGAAAGUGCCAAGGAUAAAGAAAACAAUGACCCGUUUCUGAAUGGUCUGGAGAUCUUCAAAAUCAGCGAGUUUAACAACCUUGCUGGACCUAACCUGCAGAACAACAACAUGCUCGUCCAAGAAGGAAAGAACAGCAGCAGAACACUUAAAAUUGUUGUAGCAGGGGUGGUAUCUGGCGUUGUUGUUUUCUUCAUCUUUUUGUGGGGGAGUUGCAAGUUCGGUCCUCUCUUGCUCUCGCAGGAUGACGACAUGCUGAAUUGCAGGCAGAGGUGGCCGUUCAAUCUCCUCUGCCAGCGCUUCUCCCUCAUGGAUAUCAAAGCCGCCACCAACAACUUCAAUAACGCCUCCCUCGUCGGUGUUGGAGGAUUCGGCCACGUGUACAUGGGCUACAUUGACGGCAUUUCCAUCCCGGUGGCUAUCAAGCGUCUCAAGGCGGGUUCGAAGCAGGGGUCCGAAGAGUUCCUGACCGAGAUCAAGAUGCUCUCGCAGAUCCGCCACCGCCAUCUCGUUCCUCUCAUCGGCUACUGCAACAACAACAAGGAGAUGAUCUUGGUCUAUGAUUUCAUGACACGUGGCAAUCUCCGUGACCAUCUCUACAACACCGACAAACCCCCUAUAUCGUGGAAGCAACGUUUGCAGAUAUGUAUUGGCGCCGCCCAUGGGUUGUAUUAUCUUCACAAAUGUGCCGGGAAAUACAUGAUCAUCCAUAGUGACGUGAAAACCACCAACAUCUUGUUGGAUGAUGACUGGGUGGCCAAGGUUUCGGACUUUGGGCUUUCCAGAUUUGGGCCCAUGGACUCAUCCCAUGCCUAUGGCAGCACCACCGCUGUAAGAGGCAGCUUUGGGUAUAUAGACCCAGAGUAUUAUAAGCGGCAUCAUUUGACGGACAAGUCUGACGUGUACGCUUUCGGGGUAGUGUUGUUUGAGGUACUGUGCGCUCGUCCGCCUCUUAUACGCAAUGAAGAUCCCAAACAGGAGUCGCUUGCUAAGUGGGUUAGGUACUGUUACCAAAGUGGGACCAUGGACCAGAUUGUGGACCCCACGUUGAAGGGGAGGAUCGCGCCUGAAUGCUUCCGGAGGUUUUGCCAUAUUGGGGUGAGUUGUUUGUCAGAGGUUGGGACGCAGAGGCCGUCGAUGAAAGAUGUUGUUUUCAUGUUGGAGUCUACUCUGCAGGUGCAAGAGAGCGCGGAGAAUGUAAAAAGAGGAAAUUAGUGAAAAUAUCAAUAUGUCUAGUAGUGAGUUGAGUAUGACUACUACUAGUGGAGAGCAUAGUGGGGUUUUAUAAGGAACCCAAAGCCUCUUUGAGCAAAUCGAGUUAACACAACGCUGGCAAAACAAUUAGCUAUACAUGCUAAAUUUUUUUGUCUAUUUUCAAAAUCGUUAGAUUAGAAUGCCUGUGUACAGGAAUCAACUUGCUUCUAUCUCUUGUGAAAGAAGACAAGUGCAAGGUUGUGUUUGUAAGUCAUAAAUUUCAACUCUUCUUUUGUUAGCCUGUAUGAUAUGUGUUGAUUUAUUUAUAACAUUUCCCCUUCCAAUGUGAUCAAUAAAUUUUCCAAUAACACAACUCAAUAAAUUUUCCAUUUGAUCA